AAUGCUUGUCCAGUGCCAAAUGUCAAAUAGAAGACUCCAAGAACUAUAAUGAUUUUUUAAAUCUAAAUUAUUUGGAUUUAGUUGCUUUACAAGUGAACAAUUAACGGUAUGUUGUUCAAAAAUUGGCUUUGACUUGAGCCACUCAGUUGAGCGUUUGCAAAUUGCAUCCGCACAUAGAUCAUUGAUCGACUGAGCUUCACGGACAUCCAGCCCUGGAAUCUCGUACGUGCGCGAUUGCUCGUCCUGUGAUUUAAAGAUACUUAAGCGAAGGCUAUGAUUAAAACGCAAGACCUAGUUCACGAAGGAGCCGUACAUCGAGAGAAGUCCUGCUGUAGCCUACCUGAUUUCUGCAAGUACUUGGACAGUCAAUCGCGGUAUAGAAACAAACUGUAUACCUCUUGUGCUUGGGUCCCUGUGUCUCGGAUAUGGAGAGGAAAAAUAGUUGGUGGCAGGAAAAUCACCUUCCUGAAAAUGCUGGAAUCAGUCUGGCUUAUGCUGCUGACCACAGCAGUGUCACCAGACCCCCCAUGAAAAUUCAGGUGAAGGACAUCCUGGGGUCGAAGGUCGAGCCCCAGAGAAUGUCGGUCAGAAUCCGGCCUCCCGCUUCGAGCACCCUCUUGACCAGGGAGGCCUUUUUUGGUCAGAGCCUCUCCUGUGAGCCUACACCCAAGCCCAUUAUAAGGAGACGUGCACGAUCUCUGCCAGCUUCCAGUGAAUGGAAGAGGGACCCCAGGAGCCAGCAUGUUCGUUUUGUCGACUCCUUGGGGUUGGACCUGGAGGACAUCAAGGUUUUCAAAGCUGGGGAAGACCCCUUGGUACCACAGCAUGUCAUCUCACGGCUUCUGAUGAGUGCUGAGAUGGCUUCAGGCAAGCACUUGGAAAUAUCCUUACCCUACUUUAAGCCGUCCUUUCCAGAACGUAUGGCAGAUCAACCAGAUUUCCUCCAUCGCCUCUGCCAGCAGCGGGUUUGUCUGGAUGAGGUCCUUUGUUCUGAGAUGGGUAUCAUUGCCACAGCACAAGUUCUUAACUUGGCAUUUGAGAAAGAGGUCACUGCAGUCUACUCCUUCACCAACUGGAAGAGCAGUGCAAUCAGCAAGGCCUCCUGGGUAACUACCAUACAUAGAGACAGUGCCGCAAAUGAGCCCGAGUCAGACAUCUUCCGCUUUCGGCUGCCUGUCCCACCAUUUAUCCUGCAGCCCGAGGCAGUUGUGGAGUUUGCCAUCUGCUUCCGGGCCAUGGGAGCUGAGUACUGGGACAACAACAACGGAAUCAAUUACAAACUUACUUGCCACAGCUAUAAGCUAAUAGUUCCCCGAGAGUGUGAAGAAAGCAUGGUACACUUUAUUUAGGAGAUUCUGGUGGAGGAAUACUCCGCUAGCAUAUGUUUCUUCGAUAAUUAAGCAUUUAUUUACAGUCAUCUUAAUUUCUCACGUUCACUUAGGUCUCAGCAGCGAUCUCACAUCUGCACACGUCAGAAAAAACAAUAUUGCACUUUUCUACUCAUCUGAAUCACUGUUUGUGCCAAAUUUCACGUGAUAGUGUGAAACCACUGAUAUUAACUGGCUCAGGUUGUUAGUAAAUGUUCAAAGGUGCUCUGCUUGUAAGUAUUACUGUAAAAUGAUAUAGGAUAAGUCUUCAAAAUGACGGUAAAAUACUGGCUUAUGUUCGGGGAUAGUUUUUGACUCACACUGAUCCAUUUGUACAUUUUUAUGUUUUAUUCUUUUUUGUUUUUCUUUCAAGGACUGCAUUUUAAAAAUUUGUCUGACAGUUUUAAAUAGCAUUUUAUACACAAGUGCCUUUGAAAACAGAAUCUGGUAGCAUAAUCUGUGCUGCAUUGAAAAGAUUUUAAAUGUUGUCACGUGAGAGAUGUUCUUUUUAUCAAUCACUGUAUUUGUAACAGGACCACACUCUACUCUGAAUUUCAUCUUAGCACUUUUAGAUCGUAUCUGUUUAAGUUAAUCAACUCUCUGUGUUCUAUAAGCACCAAGUAAUGUAUGUCUGUGUGAAUGACAUGUAAGUUCAGUGAAAUAAUGACAAAAAUAUCGUAAUUACUAAAAGACAUUGUUUGCUUAUUGUACCAUACAAAUGUCACAAAACUUUUGAACUAGCAGGUUGGUGUCAAAACGAAUACUGUAAGUGUAAACCAGCACCAUACUGUCACAUUAUUUGAAGAACAAGCCCCAUUAACUUAUCCCAUUUUCAGAAACGAGUGGGAAUGGGCUGGAGAAGCACCAGUCACUGGUGGAACUGGUGCCACGUGCUUUUAUGGGAAGAUGAGUAAGUCUGUGUGGUUUGCAGUCCCAGAAACACCUGCUUCCAGGUCACAAAGGAAACCUUUAGACUCGCACAUCAUUUUAGCAUUUUAGACCACCAACUCAAUUAAACAGUGCCAACAGCACUCUUUCUUGCACAUGUCCCAUGUGAGAUGGGUGUCGUACUUUGUUGUAAAACAUUUCAUUGCUUUUAGUAAUCGGUUUUAUCCGUGCCCUGGUGGAGCUAGAACACACCGCACAGCCACUUACUUUUAAUCAACCUUAAAUAGCUUUAUGUUCACUGCAGUAAUUUAUACAGUUUAUUUUUUUCCUCUGGAUUCUGACGAGUAAAUGUUUGAAGAUCACAACGCUGUCAAAUGACUUACUCUGAACAACUUUUCCAUGUAUAUGAUUACAGGGACUGUCGGGGUGGUACAUAACUCAGCAAACAAUGUGUGUCCAUGUCUUAAUGGUUGGGUUCAAAUGUCUGCUACAGCAACCAUAUCAUCGCGAAGUAUGGAGAUAGAUUUUUGUCUGAAGUAAUCGUACUUAAAUGUCACGAUGAUAUCGUAAUUUUAUGAAACGCAAAUCCAUAUUUAGAGCUGCAAAUGUGUGCCUGUGCGUAUUGCAUGUUUCUGAAAUACAAUCCUCAUUUUAUAUUUUAUAUUUAAAUCCUAAUUUAUUCAUUUUGACAAAAAAAACUCAAGUUCUGACAAGCCAAAUGCCAUGGAGAGCUCCAGAGAGCUGAGGGGGCUUGCCUGAAAGCGGAAGAGGAUUUACGUCUAAAGUAAAUUGUAAGUAAAGAUGAAUUACAAAUCCGAUUUUUUUUCAAAACCCUUCGGCCACUGGGAAUGUUACUAGUGAUCCGUCAAGGAAGUACUUUAGUCGCAACUGCAUAAACUGUGAUUCAUCAUCGCAACUUGAACUAAACUCGUAAAUUGCCAUUCAAAAUUGUAAAACUCGUGAAAUUUAGACACAAGUACACCUUUUGCGACUAUGAAUAUGGAUUUGCGCUUCAUAAAAUUACAAGAACGUUGGGACAUUUAAGUACGAUAACUUUAGAUGUAAAUUUACCUACAUCUAUGAAUGGGUCACACAUUAGUGGAUACAAACUGUCUAAAGUCUAAACUACUAUGGUAAAAUGAGAAUCUGUAAGCCUAGAGUACUACACGUGCAUAGCGAACUGAAUGUAUUAAUCUUGUGGUAAAUGUCACAGUAGAAAUGUACUUCCAAAUGUUUCCCUGCAGGUCAACUUACGAAUGUACAAAUAUGAUUUCGGAUUUGCAGUUCAUUUUUAUCUCCAACACAUAGAUAUCUCCAUAAUUAAGACCCUGACAUAUUGCCCUUACCCCAAAUUGCUGUUUAACCCUGGUCUCUGAGCCUCAAUUGUUUGUUGCUUUAGACAAAAGCAUCUAACAAGUAAAUGUAAAGAAAGAAUGCUUACUUUCACUUAAGUCUAUUGACUUAUUCUUGCUUGGUCCUGUUAGUAUUGAUGCUAUUGGAAGUUUUGUGCACUCUCACUCCAGCAGGGACGGAUUAUGGGUUGUGUGGGCCCCUGGGCAAAACGUUCGCAAGGGCCCCCCACCACCAGCACCACCACCACAACCACCACAAUUCAAGGGCCUUUGGCAGCCAAACGCCCUCCCUAUAGGGUCAGGGGCCCUUGUAGGCAGAGGAUCAAAGAAUGUAGGCCCUCUAAAAUAGACAAACGAAAAUACAUUGUUGAUAAACAUUGCAAAUUGUUUUGGGCUAGGGGCCCCACGGGCCCCCUGCACCCCAAGGGCCCCUGGGCAGUGGCCCCGCUGGCCCGGUCCGUAAUCCGUCCCUGCACUCCAGCCCUUUUAAAAGAAUAGACCCCAGAGGCCCAGAGACUGCCCACUGUGAAUUUCUAGAAGGUCACAACUCACAUCUUGUUCCUGCAGCUGGUUUUCUUGGCAGCGUGUCACACAUAACAUCUUAAGAAAAGUAGACUCUGCCUUGGGUGCUUCAGUCAUAGAUGCACCUUCCACAAACACCUGGCCCGAUACGAAAAAAGCACUGCAGCAUGGAAACUGGACCCCACACACUGGCAGUUUUGUGUUAAUCAUUUUAUAAUAACCGCAUGGCAUGCAAUUAGCAGUACAGCGUACAGCUCCAGGGUUGUGGGUUUGAUUCCUGCCCCUGCUUCUUUGUAUAGAGUUUAAGUUUUCUUUAAAUUGGCUGUGGUAGAGGAAUGAGUGCCCUGGGAUGGAAUCAGACUUGCUUUAAUUCUGCAUCACAGUGGUUAUAGAAAAUGGAUGGAUGAAAAAAUAAACAAAAAUCACUUUCAAAAUGCUAUUUAGAGUUUAAUUUUUUUCUGAGUUUUCACCUCAAAAUUUUUAG